ACAUUUUAUAACAACCAACAAGAUGAAGGGAAUCUUGAAUAUCUGUUCAUUCACAAAUCCAUUCAAACUCAUCCCAACCCAACCCUUCAGAUCACAUUCAACUCUAAGCACCAAUCCAACCCCGACGACCAACACUCUACCACAAAGACCUACCUUACGAUCAUCCUUAAAACCCUUAACACCAAGCUCAUCCAUCCCUACCUCAAAAGCCCUAAGUCUAAUCAAAUCAGAACCAUCAUCAUACAUCAAAGCAUCAAUCCUAGGAAAACUCUAUCGAUUAUCCCAACAAGACGUCCUAACUGUACCAUACAUUAAAGAUCUAAGGGUAGGAGAUGUGAUCAGGUUAACUAAACUGGUCGAAAUAGGAUCUAGAUCGUUCACAUUCAGAUCUACCGAUGCUUCAUCAACUCAAGUCACACUGGAUAGGUUUUGUCAGGUUAAUGCUUUGGUCGUCGAACAUUCUAGGGGGAUUAUGUUGAAGACUGUGAAGAAGAAAAGAAGGAAAGGGUAUUUGAAAACUAUUAAGAAUAAACCGUAUUUUACUAAAUUGAGGAUAUCUGGAAUUGAGUUUAAGUGUGAUGAAAAUUCAAGUUGAAAAAAUCUUUGAAAUAUUGAUCAUCUUAUGAUUCUUGACUUUGGAGUUUGUGUAUAUUCCAAAUUUGAUUUGAAAAAAAUUGU